ACAAAAAAAAAAAAAAAAUGCGGUUCAAAGUUCACCAUGCAAAUUACUUUGGAAUAAUAUUUAGGAAUUUUGCCAUAUAGAAGGAUGGACACAGCGAGUCCAGAAAUUGUCUUAAAGAUCAUCGUACCUGAUACUACUGAUGCUACACUGGAAAUUGCACCUGAUAUUUGCAAUAUAGUUUUGAUUAUCUUAUAAAAACCAGUUCAGUAAUACUUAAAAUAUUUUGAUUUACCUGUUAGAUUAAAACAUAUAUAUAUACAUAUACAUAUAUAUAUAUCUUUGAAAUUAUUUUGACAUAUGUAUUUUAUGCAGUUCUUGUUUAGGAUCAUGAAGCUCACUGAGAGACAUGUUCCCUGUGUUACUUCUGUAUCAUUCCCGAGAAUCAUUCUGUAGGUUUACAUGAAAUCCAGAGACGGCAGUGUCACCGUGAUAGAAAUGAAGGCAGCUUAGUUCAUGAUCCCCUUUCAUGUUAAGGGCUCUGCCUGGUGCACUGUUAACAGCUCAAGAACAAGAAGAAUAGUAGGAGAUACACAUACCUCCAAGCAAUGCCACAGUAAGGUAUCACUAAUCUGUUAAUGUUAUUGUUUAUUUAUUUCUGUAUUUAAUGAAGCAACUGACUGCUGUUUCUGAUAACUUAUACAAAAUAAGAGUAUUAUUAACACCUAAUAAUAAUUUAUCCUGAAUCAUAUGAUUACUUCCUGUUGCCAAAACAUAAUUAAAAAAGUGAUUUUAGAUUCAAAUGGUUGUCAAAUGAAGGAUUAACGAAAACGCAGUAAUACUCUCCCAUCGUGCUUGUGAUUUUCCUCUAAAACAACCAUAGUGCUGCUCCAACAAACUGCUCAUGAUGUGUUCUUAUGAAAUAUUUUGUAACACUUGAACCCCCCGCCCCCCUUAAGUCAGUCAGCUGACUGCACUCUUUUCUAUGUACAGUAAAAACACUGAGAGCAAUACGCUGUAAGUCCUAAAGAAGCCUUGUUUUCUAUUGUGUCAGUGUGUGUGCACAGUUUUUCUGAGGAGGCUAAAAGGUCAAACCUGAUGCCAAAAUGUGAUUCUGGAUUUUUUCUAUGUGCUUGCCUGGCAUGAUGAGACCCUGGUGCUCCUGGUGGGCGAAAAUCACAGUUUGUCUGUAAGGGUUUGUCUUUGGUGUAAAGAGCAAAAGAUAAUCUCCACAAACUGCUAGCUAUGCUUUCACUCUUUUAAAAAGCUGUGCUUAUUCUCCUCCUUUUUUCAUUACCUUGCUCUCUUUUUCGCAUUCUGAAAAGUUUGAAAGGGCAGCUACCUGUCACACUGAAUAAAAUGUGCAGUCACUGUCCAUGGCUUGCUUUUCUUGUUUUCUUUCACCACUUGUCUGAAUUUCUGGGUCACAUACAGCCAGGUAGUGUGCAAAAUGUAUGUAAUGACUAGUUGUGAUUGUUCUUUUUUUUUGUUCCACUUGAUUGAGUUUCUCAUGGUAAACUUGAAAUAUUCUUAAAAAUCCAAUAAAUCUAGAUUUGAUUCAGUCAUAUGUUGAUAGAAUGAUAGAACAGAACAGAAGAGAACAAACUGCUUUCUCUCUGAAAUGUGUCAUCUUCAUGCCAAGUUCACAUGGCCUGCGAUUUUUACCAUGUGACCGUCAACUACAUGAUGCCCAUCUCCUAGUGGACGUCUGAGCGUACUGGUUGGCCUACAGUCAGCUGUAGCUCCGCAGUCCCUCCCUCUCUCCUUUCUAUUUAUAUUCAGUCUAAUCACUCCAGGGCCAUUUUUACCAUCUGACUCCUGCCACCUGUCACUUACACCCCUUUUCUUGUACUUCAUUUCCGUCUUCCUUCCUCGCACACCUCCCAUAUCUCAUGGCUGGGCCUAUGGAGGCCUUUCAGUGUGGGUAUGGUUGACACUUUCAUUAUCACCAUUUGGGCAUUUAUUUCCAAUCUUUUCCAUGCUGUGUGGAGAACGUUGGUGCCUGAGCUGGCUGUUUUGGCAGUGCCACAUCAGGAGCGAGGCCUUUCUUUUAGGGAGUUCAUGGAAGAGCUGAGCCCCAGACAACUGGCUGUGAAACAGCUGAAGCAACAGUUCCUGGAGGCCCUGCAGACCAACAAUGCUCAGGAGGUCAUGCAGAUUCUGCACACUGGGAAACUAGACAUUGACUCUGUGCUCGAGGUGGAAGACCCCAGCAUGGUACUGGCCUCAUACAAACAAGGUUAUUGGCUCCCAGGCUACAAACUGGAGAAGUCCUGGGCAAUGGGCAUCCAUGUAUGUGUGAUGUACAAUGCACUGGAAACAGCGCUGGUGCUCCUUCAGGAAGGUGCAGCUGUCAACCAGAUGCCAAAUGGGAAGACGCCCCUGCACGUGGCCUGCGAGGUCUCCAACAGUGACUUUGUUGCCUUGCUUUUGGCUCAUGGGGCAAAGGUCAACAGCCUGUCACUGAGCGGACACACACCACUGCACUACUGCAUCACCAGCGAGUCUGUGGACUGUGCCAAGCAACUCAUCAUCAAAGGUGCAAAAGUCAAUGUGCCCAGCCGCAACAGUAAUGAAGACACACCUUUACACACAGCUGCCAGAUUCGGUGUCCCAGAGCUAUUGGCUCUCUACUUGACCCACGGAGCAUCUGUGGAUGCAGUUAAUUCCCUUCAGGAGACACCCCUGAUGAGUGCGGCCUUCUGGGCUUUUGACCCUAAAGAGCAAACCUACAGCCAGGACCACCACAUUGUCUGUCGCCUCCUGCUGGACCAUCAGGCAGAUCUGAACCUCCAAGACGAGGACUAUAAAACAGCUCUUCACAAGGCGGCCUGGAACUGCGAUCACGUCCUGAUGCAGAUGCUGCUGGAGGCUGGAGCAGAUGCACGAGCCAUGGACAUCAAUGGCUGUGCCCCCAUUCAGUAUCUCCUCAAAGUGACUGAUGUCAGGCCCAUGGCCAUACCUGAGCUGUGCUUUCAGGUGCUGCUCAACCACAACGCAGCACGGAUCUACCCACCACAGUUCCACAAGGUGUUGCAGUCCUGCCACGACUACCCCAGUGUAGUAGAAAUCAUGGUCAACUCUUAUGAACGAUUAAAGCCCACAAAGAAGUGGAAAGCAGCAAUUCCUGAUGACUGCUACAAGCGACAUAAAGACUUCUACGAUUCUUUGUUUGCUGUGUGCACCAACACUCCUCGCAGCCUGCUCCACCUGACCAGAUGUGCCAUCAGAUUCAGUCUGGGUGGGUUCUGUCACACAGGUGUAGCACAGCUGCCCUUGCCACCUCUCAUGAAGAAAUAUCUAUUACUGGAUCCCAAGGGAAUAUUAUACUGAUGAAGGGACUUUUGUUUAUAAAAUUCAAUGGCUGUACGGGACAGUAUUCUUAAUAUCUCACUUGCCACCUGAUGAUUUUAAAGGAGACACACGCUGCUUGUCUGCAGACCAUGCAGAGUGAAAGUGCUGCUAACUGGAGUUAGCGCUAACAUGUAUGCCUUUUAUUUUAUUUUUUCCAUGCACUCUCAGAGGUUUUUGCAUGGAAUAUAUGAAAUACCUCCCUGAAUUGAAACCCUAAUCACACAAUUACUAUGAAACUGAAUUAUGAAGGUGGUUCGAGGCUGGACUUAACAAAGGACACCAUCCAACUAAAUUCAAAGUAUAAAACCACUGACUGUUCAACCAUAAAUAUGCAGAGGUUUGAGGGACAGGUGACAGGUUUACAGAAUAUAUUUUGGUUUUGGUCUUUUUGGAACCACCCUCCCAUCCCAUAAAACCACUCUUUCUGUAAUCCUGGUAUUAUUUAUAUCUUCCACAUUCUACAGGGGCCCUAUUUGUCUUUUUGAAAAUGGCAUGAGUGUCACUAAGUGUCAUUUGUCUUUUUUUCCAGUGUUGCCUCAUACUUGAGAGGAUCCAAAUUCACCUGGCAGUCUGCGUUAAUGUUCACUCUCAAGCUCAUGCUCUCAUAAUACUCCACUAUCUGCAAAACAAACACUUGACAAAACCCUCCACAACAAGUGCUUACUUUUCCAGUGGAUUGCACAUGCAGUCAUGCCUAAACCAAUAUUUGUUAGCCAGAAAUACAUGCCGAAAAACAAGUGGAGGAGGAAGAUCUAAUAAUAACAGUACCGCUGAUUAUUUUCCUCAUUAACUAAUUAAAUGUUAGCUUUGUCAGCAUUCUGAAAAUACUGUCACAAUUAUCCACAGGCUAAAGUGACACCUUCAUAACAUUUCCUUUGUUCAACCAAUAGUACAAUCCUAAAAAAUACUAUGUUAUUCUCUUAAUAUUAAAAUAAUUCAAAAGAAAAA